AUGAGUGGUCAUAUAUCCGGGGUACAAACUUUAAUAAAAUCCGACUAUCCUAAUGCACAUUACGUCCACUGUUACGCCCAUCAGUUAAAUCUAAUUAUGAAAGCUGCUUCUUGUAAAAGUAAAGAGACACGUAUAUUUUUUUCUAACCUAACGGACAUAACAAAUUUUUUUACCCGUUCUCCUCAAAGAGUUCAAGUUUUAGAUGAGAUAGUGAAAAAAAGGUUGCCUAAAACAGUAGAAACUCGAUGGAAUUUUAAAAGUAGAGUUGUGAAUACAGUUUACGAAAAUAGAGAAUUACUUAUUGAAUGUAUGGAUAAAAUUGAGACUACUUCAAAUCAAACUAUUACAAUUAACCAGGCAGGUGACCUACGUAGAAUGUUGCUAGAAUCAACUUUUAUUUAUUGGUUAAAUGUUUUCCAUCGUAUCAUGCCUCACGUAGAUAUUAUAUAUAACCAACUGCAAAAAAGAAGUACAAGCCCGGUAGAAAUAAAUAAUUCAAUACAUAAUUUCGAAAUUAAUAUUCAGAAGGAAAGGGAUAAUUUAGACAAUAUACAAGUAGAUGAAGGUGAAUCUGCCAAAAGAAGACGAGAAAAUAUUUAUUUAACUAGAAAUAAUAUAGCUAAAGAAGUGUGUGACACAAUUAUUGUGAACGUUAACGAGCUGUAUAAGUACAAAGGACAUCUAAUCGCAGCCAACUUAUUCUUGUUAGAUAAUUUUGAAAAUUAUGAAAAAACUUUCCCCAACUUUACCUCGAACAAACUGUAG